AUGGCCUCCGUCACAUGUCUGGCCCUGGAGCCACUGGCUAUUUCCAAGGAGCCCCUCGUCACAGAGCUCAAAGGAUGCCACUCUAUAUCCCCAUCUGAGAUGGCCAAGGUGAAAAGGAUCGAUCCACCGGGAAAUGAGCGCCGUAGAGAAUCAACGUCGACAUCUACUUCGAUCACACACUCUCGCUCGGCAUCCCGUAGCACUGUGCGAUCCCGACCCAACAGCCGUCCCAGUUCCUUUCACUCACCACGCCGGGCUGUGCCCAACGCUGCCAUCGUACCUACCACCUCAGCUCGCAGUUCCACGCAGGACAAGCGCGAGUCAUUACUAGCCCUACACCGGGAGUCAUGCCGUCUGUUCCAAGGCGAUGCCUCAAACAGAUCCUCGACCGAGACAAGACCUUCUCUACACCGUGCAGCAUCAGCUACAUGUAGAUCUCAGAAUGAGAACCGCAUAUCAGAGAAAGGCAACUCGGCACCCUCGUCCCCAAUCGCACCUUCAUAUUCUAGCUUCCGCUUCGAGCCCGAAUCUACUUCACCAAGCUCGAGCGCACCGCACUUCAUUACAUCAAGAGAUCGAUCAAAGACCUUGCCCAGCAACCACCACCAUAGCCCCUCGUCCUCGUCCAUCCACGUCCCGGCGACAGUGAUGGAAUGGACCUCACCCGAUACUCGGCGGCGUGAGUACGAGAAGAUCGACCGGGCAAGUAGUGGUGUCCGGGGUCUCUGGCGCCGUGUUGCGCCUCGCUGCUUCCAGUCCCGCGACUCGCGCACCCCGUUCUUCGAGGAAGGCAAGACAGAGCGUGAAGGCAGCGUACGUCGGUUCCGUAUGGAUAUCCCUGAAGAUGAAGAGCCAGAAUCGGAUUCUCAAGGAAAGCCCCAGGCCCAGCUCUUGAAUUUCCUGGGCAAGACCUCGACCUCCAAUUCAAAUUCAAAUUCAAAUUCCCCUGGUGGCGCUCGAAGACGCUGGACGUGUCUCCGUUCGAAGACUUGUCCUCUUCCUAAUGCCUAA